AUGGACGUAACUUUUGAAGUGCAAGGAGGAAGACCAUUCUCAAUUGAAGUAGGUUUUUUCGACACUAUUUUAGAAAUUAAAGAAAAAAUUCAAAAGUAUCAAGGAAUUCCAAUCUCCAAGCAAACCCUAAUUUUCAAUGGUGAAAUUCUUCAAGACGACGGCGAUAUUUGGAAGUGUGCGAUUUUUCAAAACUCACGCAUUCAUCUCAUGGUGGCCGCCGUAGAUCUUGAUCAUCAGAAACUGCAGAGAGAGCAGGAUACCAAAUUUAACCUCAAUGUCAAAACUCCUUCGUCCAAAUCUCCCAUUCAUGUCGAAAUCGACAAAAACUAUACGGUUUUAAAGCUCAAAGAAAAAAUUAACGAUAUUGAUCAAAACGAUGUUCCAUUGAGCAAUGUCAUGUUGCAUUCAAACGGAACUGAAUUGCAUGAUAAUGAGUUCUUACGUGAUUGCAAUGUUUCGGAAAAGAGCGAAAUUGAGGUGAGUUUUAAGCCACAGAUACCGGCUACACCUGCGAUUCUCGGCGGUGGAGGCGGUGGAAGAGCAUCGAACAUGUUGAAGCUAAUGAUUUUGCCAAAAAAUGGUACAAAGAAAAUAGCUAUUGCAAUGAAUGUUUCUGAUAAUGUUGGAGAAUUGAGAAAAGUGCUUCCUAAAUUGAGUCAAAGGCUUCAGUUUCAUCUUCCACAAGAAGGUUACUUUUUCAUUUAUAAGCAAAAUGUUAUGGAUGAUGAUAAGUCUUUUCAAUGGCAUCAUGUUUGUGAGGGCGAUACCAUUGAAAUUUUUAAUGGUAGUGUCACAAGUGGAUCAUGA